CUUAAAGUUGCGAAAGCGUUUGUGCUUUCUUCCCAUUUUUUUUAGCGGAAUAUUUUGCGGAAAGUAUGCCUAAAAGGCUUUUUCAGAAGACCUUUACCUUCUGCUCUAUUGUUAGAUGGCUCAACUUUCGUUGCUUCGCUUUAUCACUGGGCAUUGUUAGUCUUACAUCGUUAGCACUUGUGUUUUAUGGAGGUUUCAAUUUGAGAACAUCAAACACGAAAGUCACGAAACUUCGUAAUCAAAUGUUAGUAAAUGUUCCCAAGAACAGAGCAGCCUAUGAUCCUGCCGCUUGUAAGCUGCCCGUUUUAGAUCCAUUUCACCCCAGCGUGGUUAACUUUAUAAAAGAUCUUGGCAAACUCAGUUGCGUAGGUGUCAGUUAUUCCAGUUUCGAAGACAACGUGCUUCGAGUUGAAGGCGAAGGCAUCGUCUCCGCACAAUACAGAAAGAUCGAAAGGCCUGAGGGGAACGAUUUUCGUGUGGUUCUUUCGGAUCCAGUUAAAGUUCCAAACAAGAGCGGGAGUCGAGCGUCAACGACAGACCAGAAAGGUGAGAAAAAUUUUUAUUUGAGCUGUUACUUGAGAUAAAUAUGUUUGUGACGAGUAAAGUUCCACGUUGCACUGAAUUAAACAGCUCCACAAAAAUAAUACGGGACAACCUAUUCAAAUUUAUGCUUCGUGAAAAAUGUUUACUCGAAAUUCGGUGGAUAUUUCCGAUUCCCGGGCGUUUAGUUUAUUUGAGAUCGUGCCCGGCAGUCUCUUCAAGUGCCGACAACUACCUCCAAUUUUCAGGAUUUAUCCUCAAUCGUUUUAAAAGUUGACAAUCUUCGAGUUUUGCCUCAAAAGACAAUUUUUUUGCCUUUCUAGUAAACUGAUUUUAGUUCAACUACACUCGGUUUUGUUUAUGCAGUCGGUUUUGCUCAGUUUCCAACGGAAAAGUUUUGUCGGCGGUGCGUAUGAAGGUUUGUCCUCUUCUACAAGAGGACAAGUCGCAGCAAGUGGACAAGUCGCGACAAACCAUUCGCACUGGUAAAAUGUUGGUGAUGACAUAAAAUUUGUCCAAAUAAACAACUUUUCCGCAUGGGGCCCUAAAAGAAAAAGUAAUUUUAAAAUCACUUGGAAUAACUAAACAAACAUGGAAUUUUCUUAGUAAUAUUCCAUAUUAACCAAACAUAAAGCUGUUCUGAAGUAGAUGACCCCUACUGUCACGCCACAGUGAGACAAUGCAACACUCUACGAAACCAACGUGAGCAAGAGAUAUUCUCUUGUCUCCAGUCAAUGUUGGAUACGAAAAAUAGUUCUCUAGCAUCGAAUUCUUUGGAAACCCAAAACGCUACGCUGACUACAUCCUUGUGUCGACGUGUCGUAUGUAAAUUUUCUUGUCCAGCAUAAUUUUCUGUACUCAGCGAUACUUGUACUGGCUCUCCAGAACCAGUUCCUCCCGAAAUUAGAGCGUCUCAAUUAUGUAAACAGUAAAAAAGUUAGCAUUAUAAUUUUUUUCUUAUAUGCAAUGCGUCAUUUGAAACUUCCAAAAUUUUAGAAAUGUUAUAUGGAUUGUCUUGAGGCGAAUGCGCCUACGACGGUUUAUUUCAGUUCACAUUGUGUUCUGAAAACAGAAAUAUAGAUUGCAUAGUAACUUCUAUUCUGACAACGCACCAUAGUGACCUAAAACCAACGUAGAGUCUGUUACUAAAAUACUGGAUUUUGCACAAAGCAAGAAUGGGAAAUGGAGAAUGAGGAAUGGGAAAUUGAAAUGGGAAAUUGAAAAUGGCAAAUUCAUUUUUUUAUAUAUUUUAAGUUUAUAAUGCGGAUUAAAUAUUUUCAGCGUUGAUUAUCGAUAUUUACACUUUCUUUCAAAAACGUGCAGAGGCAAAAUUAAGGAACAGAAUAAAUUGAUGAUAAUGAAAGAAGUGAUACUGAUGACACUUGAAGAAUAAUGUAAAACCAAAGUUAAAUCGUUUCAUUAACAAGUGAUAGGUGAAAUUAAAUUUGUUGUGAUUAGUGAAAGAGCUGUUUUAAUGUUUGUUUGAAAAUUAGUAAAUUAUAGGUUUCAAAAAUGUUAGCCGUUAAGUGCUUGAAUUUUUCAGAGUUCAAGUCACUACCUAACUACGAAUUACAAACGAACGGACACUUGAAUACCCAUUUUAAAAAAGUUGUCAUUUUAUUUUUAGAAAGUAAUAGAGAGGGAUCGGAACUGUGUCAAUAAUGGCGUAUAGUCGACGUAUAGACACGGAUUUUUAGUCUCCGUGUUAUGUCUUAUUUUCCUUUUAAAUAUCCAUUUUACGGCGCUGAAGUUUGUUCCCGUGUUUUAUAAGUCGAUGCACUUGCCAAUAGUACAAUUUUCUUGGCAUGGUCUUGGUUCAAGUGGUUAUACGAAGGAAGAAGUUUCUCAGCUCGAACUUGGAUAUUCGAACAUUGGUCUUUCGACAUUUGCAUAUGGCUAAACUGCGGUGUCCCUCGUGGUCUGGAUCAAAUUGUCUCGCCCUCGCUACAAUGGAUUCUAUAUGGUCCAGCUCUCAUCGAUGUAAACAAAGGCACAAGCGUCCGCGAUAUUACAAAACGCCGGUUACUUAUUACAGCAACUCCAUUGCAACACAAAGGCUAUUGAUCCGGAGUGGUGAUAUUUCUGUGAAUCCGGGCCCAGUACAUCCUCGGAGACCCAGGGGCUGUGAGUCGAUUUCAAGUCAGGGCGGAAGAGCCCCUGGGGACAUUGUCUUACAAGACUAGUUCCAAACGGUCGCAGUCGUUCUGGCAUCUGAUUGGUGCCAGAAAAUCUUUGUGUUUUUCUGCCCAAUCAGAGUGAAGUAUGCUUUAGAGUCCUUUCGUGUGUUUUGACACUGAUAUGUACAAGAAGCUCAGUUGCUCGCCUUGUUUGUUUGGGCUGUGCGACGAAGCUUUGCCCGAGGUGAAAAGUUUCAGUCUCAGCACACAAUGUAAGAGAAAUCGAUCAGAUUGUCCGCGAAAAUCUUACCAGAAAUUAUACAGAAUACUUUCGCAGGUAUCACAAGAGAACGUAUUUAAAAGUUUGCGAGGUUCGUAUAAAAUAUAAUGGUUGCAGGCGUUAAUACGUCGCUUUAAACGUUAGACGAGAUGUAAGUCUAAAUCUUUCUAGAUUUCUCGUAUAAUUUGCUGUGACUGAAACUUUGCCAAUUCCGUGAAGUUAUUUCGUCUCACAGGCCACGCAGGUAUGUCGAGCAACUAGCGCCUAUGCUUACGUAGCUUUCUGUGCGCGCCAAAAUCUAACCCUUACACAGUGGUAAAGUCUUUCACAAUAUUCUUUCACCUAGAGGACUUUUCUCCUCUGUCUGUUAUAUACUACUCAGAUGAUCCAGACGAACAACAAGAGACACUGAAUACACUAGUUUCCGAGUGUCUUGAGAGAGACGGCCCCUUACGGAAGGUUCGCGUCACGCGACCACCCGCCCCAUGGAUGAAGGACCCACUGAUAAAGGAAUUCCAGAAGAAACGGGAUUCUGCUAGAUUUACCGCUCACCAGACUAGCACUGAUGCCGCUUGGCAUGAGUGUCGUUCGAUCAGGAAUAAAUUAAAGUCGGCAAUAAGAACUGCGCGGAAGGCAUUUAUUGAAAAAGCUCUCUAUUCAAAUAAGUCGCGCGAGGUUUGGAAAGUCAUCCACAGAGUGCUAAAGCCUAGUGCAAGGCCCCUGCGGUUUGAUCCGGACGGACUUAACGAUUUCUUCGCUUCGACUGCUCAGAGAACACUAGAGACUCGGGCGACCCCAAUAGAGGAUCUCACGUGCCUGAUAGAUAACCUGCCUGACGUCCCGUCAGGGAGUAUGCGUUUUCAGCUGUCACCUAUCACCAGUGAGAACGUUCUUCAGGUCAUCAAGAAUCUACGAUCGGAUUGUUCUACGGGCGCGGAUCAGAUACCUACCCGCUUCAUCAAGAUGGUUGUUGAGUGCUUGGCAGUCCCCCUAACAUCUAUCAUCAACAAUUGCAUUGCGAAAGCUUAUUUUCCAAAGCAAUGGAAGAUUGCUCAGGUGUCUACAGUUCCAAAGAUUGACAACCCGGUCUCUAACGAUCAACUUCGGUCCAUCUCAGUUCUCCCUGUUCUAUCCAAGGUCUUCGAGAAGCUUGUGGCUAUUCAAAUGACGAAUUAUGCGGACCACGCCCAUCUUCUUCACGAUCGCAUCUCUGCUUUCCGUAAAGGGCAUUCCACCAUUACAGCCUUGUUAAGAGUUAGAGACGAAAUUAUGGUGUUAGCCAAUUUCGCGAAGGCUUUUGACACCAUAUCCUUUAGCGUGACCAUCGUGAAGUUCUACAAUCUCAGUUUCUCAAAACCCUUUCUCAAGUGGCUCUUGAGCUAUCUAUCUGGCCGCUCCCAGUCCGUGCAGAUCGACGAUAGGAAGUCCUCGUACCAGUCAUCUCAGUAUGGCGUUCCACAGGGGGUCCAUCCUGGGACCGAUGAUUUUAACUUAUAUGUAUCAGAUCUACACGAGGUUACUCCAUCAUCGAUGGAAUGCGUCCAGUAUGUGGAUGAUACCUCACUGUACAGCCAUUUUAAUGUCAAGGAGUUAGACUCAAGAGCUGUGGACAUGAAUGAGACUCUUGUAGUAUCACAAACUGGUGCCAGGACCCCAACUUAGCGCUGAACCCUGCAAAGACUAAGUGUAUGCUGUUCUCAACUCCUCAGAUGUCGUCUUACCAUUCUCUGGCUGAACGUCCUAUACAUUUAUCUGUAGGAGAUAAACCCCUCGAGCGUGUUCAUUCUACUAAAUUACUUGGGGUUCACAAGACUGACACCUUGAAAUGGGAUGAUCAUGUUAAGCAUCUCGCCUCACUUGUUAUGGUGUCCUAGCUGCGCUGAGGAAAAUCAAGAAGUUUACAAACUACCAUCUGAGAAAACAUUUAGUUGAAUGUCUGGUUCUAUCUCUCCUAGACUUUAAUGAUAUACUAUUCCAUCCAAUUACUGAUUGCCUUCUAAAAAGGUUGCAGCACAUCCAGUUUGCGGCAGUCAGUUUUGUUUUUGGAUACUGUGUGAACAAUAUUGACUCUAUUCUUAAGUUAAGCUGGUUGCCUAUGAAAGAACGUAGAGAAUGGCAUGUUCUAAAGGCCGCACACAAAGUUAUAUACUCUCAUGAUUGGCCCAGAAACCUUCAGCUUGAGCAAGUAAAACAUGCUAGAAAUUUACGGUAAUCAAAUACCAUAAUUCUAGUUAUUCCAUAUGCCUCGGACACUUUUCAGUAUAGCGCGGCAGCCCUCUUCAAUUCUCUGCCAUCCAAUGUUAAAUGCUGCGAUAAUUUUAAAUCCUUCAGCAAGCGAACAUUGUGUAUUUUAAGAGAGCGCUGCCGGAAAGGGCGGAAAUAUUUCUUGCCUAGUUUUAAAUAAUAUAUAUAUUGUAUAAUUACAUUUUACUGUUUAUUACCUAGCUUUUUAUAAAUUCAUAAUUCAUAUUUAUGUAUUUUUAUUUAUUAAUUAUUUUCUUUUUAUUUUACAUCAGGCGAAGAGCCAUACCAUGGAUGUACUGAUACUAAACCGUUAUUGUUAUUAUUAUUAUUAUUAUUAUUAUUAUAGAGAUUUUUCCUAGUAGAGAAGUUUCGAUCAGACAAAGCACUUGCCUUACUUUUCAAGUAAGCGUUCCCCGUUCCCCGUUCUUCGUUCUUCGUUUUCCGUUUUCCGUUUUCCGUUUCCCGUUUUCCGUUUCCCGUUUCCCGUUUCCCGUUCCUCGAUUUCCAUUUUCAUUUUCCAUUUUCCAUUUUCCAUUUCCCAUUUCCCAUUUCCCAUUCUCCAUUCUCCAUUCCUCACUCCCCAUUCCCCAAUCUUUAUUUUCCAUUUCCUAUUCUCCAUUCUCCAUUCCCACUUUUAGGAAUAUCCGCAUGUAGUAGGACCCACACACAUGUAAGCGUCUUGGCUUUUUGGCAGCAUACUAGGCUCAUUUUAUUGUUCUUUGGUUGUUUGUUUUAUUUAUAUAUAUAUAUAUAUAUAUAUAUAUAUAUAUAUAUAUAUAUAUAUACAUAGAUUAUCACUUUUAAUUGACCAAAAGGAGGUCGCAUUCAUCAUCUAACCCCGCCUAACUACACCAAUUGAUAUCUGGACAACACAUAGCCCUCAGCCAAGUUAUUACAUAAGUUCUUAUUUGCACCUGCAGGAAUCUUCAGUGGAAAUGUAUCGGUUGAUUACGACUUCAUCCGAGUAGACGUCGAGACAUCUUCAGGUGAGACCAAAAGUGACGUUCACAUGCACGUGUUUCCUAAAAAGGAAGUUCUCAAACGGGAGCAGAAACCUGGUGGUAUUCCACUAAAUGUAGCACUGAUCAUGUUCGACUCCACAUCACACGCUAAUUUUAAAAGAAAAUUGCCCAAAAGCUUGGAAUAUCUGACCAAGAACUUAAACACCGUCUUUCUGCAAGGUGAGUUAAGUUUUGUAUAGUUCUAUUACUUGUUUUAUUUUUGAGAUAAACGGCUGUUAGAUCGUUCCACUGCUUUGGAAUGGAUCGUCAGUUUGACACGUCAGUCACACGUGAAUAUACUAAGAGAUGGUAGCUAGGUAACCGACUGUCAAUUUAUUUCGAUGAUUCUGUGGUCGCAACUUUCACCGUGAGAAAGGUCUAAGGAUUUGUCGCGGAAUCUAUACGGACUCCGCAAUCGCUGGUUAAUUCGAUAUUAAUUGAAGAGGAUUGUAUUCUAUCUUCUUUUCCAAGUUUUAUUUUCUACGAACUCCGCCGACGUUCUAAAAAUUCAUUCUAUCAAUUCUCUUGUUGUAACAGUUCAAACGUUCUUCCAAAUCUAACUUUAACUAUAUAUAUUAUAGCCUUUCAUAGUUCGCCUUGCGUAACUACCAGCUAGCGUUUCCCUACAAUCACGAGUGCAGUAAAUUCCCAAGUCAACCUAUUGUAAUAUGUCUAUAUUUAACUCUUAUUAUAUACUCAACAAAAUAUCGCGUUUCUGAUUGGUCAAUGAUGAAUGCAUAAAUAGGUUAUAGAGUGCAAUAGAGGUUAUAGAGUGCAAUACGGAGAAGUUGCCAUGGAAACACCGGGGAAGCGCCAAAUUUGAACACAAAUUUGAGAAUAUAAUAAAUAAAAAAUCGUAUGAACCUGCUCGUGCAUUUCGUGAUUUAUGGUCACUCGUGAUGUUUUGAAAGUUCUCAAAUUGCACUCGCCUACGGCUCGUGCAAUUUUGAGAACUUUCAAAACAUCACUCGUGCCCAUAAAUCACGAAAUGCACGAGCAGGUUCAUACGAUUUCCUAUACUUAUUACCCAAAAGCACGUUUCCCCCUUCCUUAUUAGGCGGACUUAACGCGUGCAAUUACAACAUCCCUCUUACAGUAAAUCAACUGCGGACUUUGUUUACCAUAUUGUGAAAUCUGUCACACUCUCUAAUGCGAUCAUUUACAAUUCCGUGACAUAAUUAAUAGUUACUAGGACAUUUAAUCAAUGAAUUAAUUUGUAACUGAUAUUCCCCGACAGGAUUCUCCUGUACAUUAGGAAAUCAACUGCAUUUUAACCACCGGUAUUUACUUUACAUGAUUAUCACUGGUUCAGCAAGCGUUAAUUCAAUUUUUCAGGAUUAAUUACUUCAUUUAAUAACGGAUAUUUGGCUAUAUUAGUCACAACUGUCUGGAAUUCGGUUUAAACUUCUAAAAAUACUCCAGAAAUGAUUUGGAAUAACGAACGAAUACAUGUAACUGUCAAGGGAAUUCCAGCAAAGAAGUCAUCACAGACAAAAUAUUUAAAAACCGACAAUGAAUUAGCUCUUGCUCUCAAUGUAAACAAGGUCCUAUUCUCGCAAAUUAUGCCAACAAAUUUUUAAUCUUUAUUCUUUGAAGAAGUGUUAUGAACGUUCUCUGGCUCUUGGUCGGUUGCAAGUUUAUCAAGUUUCUCGGAUCGAUUGUGGGGAAUGUAAUUCUCCGUACAUGAGUUACUUUUAUGUGAUCAUUUGAAAAGAGGAAAAAAAAUGAAAGCCGAAGUCAGCUGUUAACAGAAUAAUCUCACAGAUUUCUAUAUCAUUAGCUACAAAACUUCUUAUAAUUUGUAGUUAGGGUUGAAAACGCUAAAAACGACUCAGCCUCAAUUUUAUGUGUUUAAUAGGAGAGACGAUCAUAGGGGACGGCACCACUGCGCAGCUGUGUGGAAUGCUCACUGGAAUCGACGAAAAUAAGCAACCUGAGGCUCGACGGAGAAUGAGCGGCUCACAACCUAUUGACAGAUGGCGCUGGAUUUUCAGAAAUUACAAUGACAAAGGAUAUGCUACUAUGUUCUCGGAAGACACUCCAGAGUAUGCAGCCUUUAAUUACCGUCUACAUGGUUUCAGAGACCCUCCAACAGACCAUUUCGCCAGACCAUUCUGGAUAGAGACAGAUAAACUUUUAAAUGGAAAAUGUAUCAAUAACAGACCUGCUCAUAACGUAUCUCUCAAUUAUUUGUUAAGUUUCUUUCGAAGUUACAAGAACCGGCCUAAUUUUGCGUUCUCAUCUCAUGCUUCGAUUUCACAUGAUGACGUAAAUACGAUCGGUUAUGUAGACGAAGACCUGACGACUUUCUUGCAAACAUUCCAGCGAGAAUCAUUUGAAAAAAAUACCAUGCUGAUUAUUUUCGGGGAUCAUGGGCAUCGGUUCGCUGGUCUGCGAAAGACAAUUCAGGGUAAACUAGAAGAGAGGUUUCCAUUUAUGUCAAUCAGUCUGCCUAACUGGUUUCUUGACAAGUAUCCAGACCUCCACAAAAAUCUGGUCCAAAACUCUCGUGUUCUAACAUCACCCUUUGACGUUUAUGCCACAUUACGUCACGUACUGUCAUAUCCACAGUAUCCAAGCGAAAUUAUAACUGGUCAAAGCUUGUUCAGCCGGAUUGAUGAGAGAAAUCGGACGUGCGCAAGCGCAGGUGUGGAAGAUCACUGGUGUCCCUGUCUUGAUUUGGAAGCCGUGUCGGUGGUUGAGCCCGCAGUCAAGGAAUCAGCUGAGUUUGUCCUCAGGCACAUGAACAAUUUAACGUCACAAAGCGACAAAUUGUUAAAGCUAUGUCAGCGGAUGAAACUAAAAGAAAUAAAGAACGCUUUCCGCGAGAUGCCGAAAGACGCCAUGCAGAGAUUUGUAGACUCCAAAAGAGGUGCUCACGAUGAAUGUGAUUCCUGUGGUGUGGUGUUGGGUGAAAAAUCGGUUAAUACUCUUGCUAUGGACACUUUGUAUCAGUUACAGUUCGUGACAUCUCCAAACGAGGGAUUUUACGAAGCUUCGGUGAGAAUGAAGAAGGGUAUUCCCUCACUAGUGGGAGAUAUCAGUCGAAUUGAUGCUUACAAAGAUCAACCAUAUUGCAUCGCGUCUUCAUACCCACUUCUAAGGAAAUACUGCUAUUGUUCUCCGAAAUAGAAAGAGGCCAUUGAGAAUGCAGAUUAAAAACAAUUACUUUGCUAAUAGUGUUGGAAAUUGUGAGUGAUCAAGUCACUGUAGACCUGCUUCAUUCAGGGCAGUCGUAACUCUUUCACUCCCACGAGUGAUCAAAAACGAAGUUCGCGCUGCAAUAUCUAUUUUAUUUCAAGCAGCAAGGUGAUGAGAUGUGAGAAAAAAUGAACAAAUGAGAAAAAUAGAACAAGUAAUAAAAAGAAAAUGAGUAGGAAGAAAGAGAACAAGUGAGAAACAUUGGUUUACUGUUAUUAUACUUAUGCAGGUAAAUUAGCCUUUCCAUGAGCCUGGUCAUAACUAGAAGAUCUCAAUGGGGUUAACCGAUAGCCGUGAAAUAGCAAGAAAAUUUAGCCGUUAGGCGUAAAAUUUGACGUAUUUUAACUAAUAGUCGUAAAAGCCAUCACCCCAUUGGUACCCUCUAACUAGAGUUUCGAACAAAAGCGGAGAAAGUCUCCUUGUCACGCAAGUGGAAGACUACAUGACGUCAUAAUCCAACCAUAUCCGUCUAAUUUUGUCAGUGAUAACAUUAGUGGAUCCAUGGGAUCCCUCCUCCCCACUGACACUGCAUAAAAUCUCUUUCGUUUUUAAAUUUCAUGUAACAAUUUUUCUCUUCCUCUCCCCCUCCCCUUUGUAUUAUUUUUGCCUUCACGCGAUGCGCGCGUGAUUUCACAAAUUAGCCAAUCACGCCAAAGAACUUUAACUUUGACAUUGGAAAACUGACGUGGACAUUUACUCGUAUUUUAGAUUUGUUUUUCGCGGAGUUUUAAUCACUUGUUUUUGAUCGAAUUAAACUGGAAUCAGUCAAUAAGUACGCACUUAAAACUUUGCUUAAUCUCGGCAAUAGUGUUGACUAAAAUACAAUUUUAGCUAAAAGCAACAUGACAACUCUAGAACAUAGGCGAUUUUAUAGUUCCUUGGUAUUACUUUUUAAAUGUAUGAAAUGGAACGGUCCAGAAUAUAUGAAAAACUUUUUUCAAUUGCGGGAAUCUAGAUAUAAUUUAAGGAAUAAAGGUGUAAAUCUAGUGCAACCAGGGUAUAAUAAUAGAUUCUAUCAUAAUUCCUUUACAUAUAAAGUUAAUCACCUUUGGAACAGUUUACCUAGAGAACUUAAAACAGCAUCUAAGCUUAGCGAUUUCUGUUGCAAACUUAAGACUUUCGAUUUCAGCACACUAGGACCUAUCUGUAAAUGUAAUACAUGUAUUUGACUUUCAUUGUACACACACAUACAUUGUCAUUUUUAUUCAUAUUAAUCUACUGCAAUAUCUUUCACCGAAAAUAAUGUUUAGACUCCUUUAACUAUCAAUAUUAAUUACCUACAAAUUCACAAUUAUUAUUCAUACUCUAAACUUAUAUAUUUUUACCUAUAAAGUUUUUAUUUUUUUUAUUUUUUAUCUGAUUCAGUUGACAUUGUCGCUUGUGUUUGGGCUUUUGCCUUCAGCUCAAGUCUUCUCCAUUUUGCCUGUGUUAAUUGAGUUAGUUACAUGCUGGAAUUUAUUUUGACUUAUAAGUACUUCUUAUAAUGUACCUUUAAUUAUAGUUAAUUUAUAGUCUACCG